AGCACACUUAUCUGCGAUAGCGCCUCUUGUUGAUGACGAACUUGUCAACUGUGGCGCUUCUCUCUUUAGCUAACAUGUUUCUCCUGUAAAGACUGGUGCAGAAUAGUCAUGGCUUUGAAUCACCUGAAUCUGCUGCGACCCUUUCUGUGUCGGUCCCUGGCACGGCCUGCCAGGUCUCCACUCACAGUCACAUCAUGGGUCGGUUUCAUACCACCGAUUUGUCCUGGUGCCUCCCUCCACCCUGCUCCUGCAUGCAUCAGGCUCUAUGCCACCAAGAAAGCAAAAGCCAAGGCAAAGGGCCAGUCAGCUAAGGUGAAUAUUAAUUCAUCUUUGGUGGAAGACAUCAUCAGUCUGGAUGAAGUGAAGGAGGACAUGACCGCAGUCCUCAAUGCACUCAAAGAUGAGUUCACACGUAACCUCAGCAUCCGAACCUCGCCAGGGGCUCUGGAUCACAUUGUGGUGACGACUCAAGAUGGGAAGUUUCCUCUGAACCAGCUGGGUCAGAUCUCCAUGAAGUCCCCUCAAGUCAUUAUGGUCAACAUGAGCAGCUUCCCUGAAGCUACAGCGGCGGCCACCCGCGCCCUGAGAGAGAGCAGCAUGAACUUAAACCCAGAGGCGGACGGGACGAUCAUCAAGGUGCCCGUUCCCAAAGUGACACGGGAACACAGAGAAAACCUUGCCAAGUUGGCCAAACAAUUCAGCAACAAGGCUAAAGACUCUCUGAGGAGAGUGCGCUCCAAUUCUGUCAGCCAGGUGAAAAAGGCAAAAGAGGGUCACUCUGAAGACACAAUACGACUCGUAGAAAAACAGAUUCAACAGAUGGCAGACAACAUUGCUGCGGAAAUCGACAAACAACUCGCAGUCAAGACCAAAGAACUUUUAGGAUAACUGUAAGAAAAGAAAACCAUUAAGUCUCCAGUUACAUAUUUCAGCAUCGAUAAGACGAAAGUGAACCUGUUGGUAACAGAGACUGGAUCAUGUUGGCUUCUGAAUCAUCCACAGACGCACGUUUUGGUCUGCUGAAUCUUUUCUUCUUGACCACACUGUUGGGUACCCAUCACUGCCGUGCGAUAUUUGCGUCCAGCUGCGUAAAGGCGUAAACAGAAACUGGCACGGAAACGGCAACGACGACGACCGACUGCCUGUCACCUCCCUCCUCUUCCUUGUUACUCUCCCCAUCUUCAAACAAACAUCCAACAGGGGACGAAUGGCCUUUUAAUGGGAUUUGUGGGCCUCCUCCUCAUCAAACUCCUCGCCACAGGGGCUGUCUGUUUAUACAAAGCAAGCGCACCCAUCCGAAUGUAAACUGGCUGCGGGUUUUCCUUGGUGGCAAGAGUAAGACGCAGUUUGUUCUCGAAACUUAGGCAGAUACCAUUAGCGUGUUGCCAAACAUUUGUUUCGCAUUGAUUCUCAGUCUGGUAAAAAUGCACAUCAGGAGGGAGGGAAAAAGAGCCUUUAAUUUCUGUCCAUGUCUAGGAUUGAUAACAUGGCUACUCUAUUUUAAACACAAUAAAGUCAGGAAAGACACAUUAUUGAUGGACCCCAUUAAAGAAACACUGCUUUGAAGCAUGUGCGUCAUCUUGUUCUCUCUUGUUUUCUUUUCAUUUGCUUUACUUUUUGGUUUAAAGCCGGCCCCUUGCUCCAUUAGCUGGAGUGAUAAUGGACUUUUCCUGUGCAGGGACCUUCAGGGGGCCCCGGCUGCUGGCACCGUGGUCGUCCAUUAGGAAAAAGAGGCUUUUAAUGUUCUACACUUGGCCUCCUUUGUCUUUAAAUAGCUUCACUUUUCAGACUUGCAGCUGAGAAUAGCUGGUUUGCAGGAGCUGUUGAAACCAAGUCAAUAACAGGAAUAGUUGGAGCGAAGGAAGAAAAGCACACGCACAUUGUGUCCGGCUCUGCUUUCAUCUGCCCUCUGUUUAUACCAGCUGGAGGCUUUCUGUGCCAUUAUGUGGCUGGUGUCAUCAUCUUUAUCAUGAUUUCUUUUGCUCCUUCCGCUACUGGUCACAGGCAGCCCGCAAGUCAGACAGGCUUUAUUUUUAGUCUGCCCACACUUGAUCUCACAGCCACACAGUCAUUUGAUGACUGCAGCCACUCUGCAGCUGCUAAUUACAUUUUUAUUGCAAUGCAUUCUCACUUCUCCAAAUUGGAUUUAGGAAUAGGUGGCGUCGCCGGUGUCACUGGGGGUUUUACUGUGCGUGGUUUUAAUGUCCAGAGUCCUCUGUCUGUGUCUGCUAUUUAAUGGUCCAAACAGUCCAGAGUCACUGGAUAAACAAGAGUUUAGCAGAGGAGUGGACAGGCUGGGACAGAGGAGGGCGGGGUGGAAAUGUCAGGUUUUUGUGGUGAUUCUUGGUCCAUAUGUCAGCAAUUUGAGGGCAUUGUGUACCUUGGCCUAAAACAGAGGCUUCAUGAUCGAUGGAGGGGAGAAAAAUCUCCCAAAGUCCCUGGCGCACAACACAGGCAAAGCACAAGGAAAUUGCUUUCAGCUGAUAGCUUCAUUUCGGCUGACAUUUAUCAACUGAAUUACCCCUGUUCCUUUUUGAAUGUUUACUACUACCAGCAGCGCUGCCUUUUUUUUUUUUUUUUUUUUUUUUGACGUACACGUCUGCGACCGUCCGGCGUUAGCGUGUGAGACCGCGCUUGUUUGCCAACAAGAGAGCGGUGGAGAUUUUGUCUCUGUGGAAGUUUGGCUGUAUCCUUUGGCGACGCCUCAAAAAAAUAUACAAGGCCAAAUUAGUUCGGUAAACGUUUGAUUUGAUAGGGCAGGCCUUUAUUCACAGCUGGCACAAAGCGCAAACAUGCUGUUUGUAAGAGUUGUUUUCGUUCUUUUUGCAAGAAGGGUGAAAGUUUGCAUCCUAAAUAUUAGAAAGGUCACAUUCAGUAGCAUUUCCUGUAAAAAUACAUAGAACUUAAGAUGAAUUCAUCCUCUACUGCAGUGUAACGUACUCACA